AUGCAUGAUCUGUUGGACAAGGAAGAACUGAAGUGGAAGAAACAAUCCAAGGAGGUUUGGCUCAAAGAGGGAGAUAGAAAUAAGAAAUAUUUUCAUGCUUGUGCGAAUCAAAGGCGACGGUAUAAUUAUAUUGAAAGUGUUCAAGAUGAGCAGGGAAUUAGAUGGGAGUCUACCGAAGGCUGUCGAGUUACAAAUGAGAUGAAUGAUAUGUUGGACCGAGAUUUCACAAAGGAAGAAAUUUUUGCUGCUCUACAACAAAUGUCACCCCAUAAAGCCCCGGGUCAAGAUGGCUAUAUGGCAGGAUUUUAUCAAGAAAAUUGGGAGGUGGGUGAUGAGGUUAUUGCUAAUAGAUUAAAAGUAGUUUUGCCCCAUUUGAUCUCCCCGAACCAAAGUGCUUUUAUCUCAGGGCAGUUGAUAACAUACAAUAUGUUGGCAGCAUAUGAGACUUUACAUACUAUGCACACUCGUAUGUGGGGUAAAGAGGGGUUCAUGGCAAUCAAGCUAUACAUGAGUAAAGCUUAUGACAGGGUGGAGUGGUGUUUUUUGGAGGCCGUUAUGAGGCGUUUGAGCUUUACAGAAAAAUGGAUCAAUAUUAUAAUGAUGUGUGUUAGGUCUAUUAGCUAUGCGAAUCUUGUUAAUGGUAAUCCGGUGGGUCAUAUCUAUCCAUCUAGGGAAUUACGACAAGGGGACCCAGUCUCCCCUUAUUUAUUUAUGAUUUGUGCUGAAGCAUUGAGCUCUCUUUUGUCAAGGGCAGAUCAAAAAGGAAAUAUUCGGGGGGUGCCUACCUCGAAAAAAGGUCAUCGUCUUAACCAUCUUUUCUUUGCAGAUGAUAGCUUAUUGUUUUGUAGAGCUGGUAAGUGUCAUUGGAAUAGAUUGACAAAGCUAUUGAAAAGUUAUGAGGAUGCGUCGGGGCAAAAGUUGAAUAAAGAGAAGACUGAUGUAUUUUUUAGGAGAAACACUUCGAAUGUGAGCAAACAGAAGAUUCUUGAUAUCUCUGGUAUUCCCCUUUCGCAAAGGUUUGAUACCUAUUUGGGUUUGCCUGCUCUGGUAGGAAAAUCAAGAACAGCUGCUUUUAAAAAUAUUAAGGAUAGGGUGUGGAAGCGACUGCAAGAUUGGAAACUGAAAUUUUUGUCUCAGGCUAGGAAAGAGAGCUUGAUUUAG